AAUCAUCAAAACUGAAACUGCCAUAGGACACCGAAUAUCUUGGAAUAUUCUUGUGGUGGAAGAGCGAAUUUAAUGAAUUGAUUUUCUGUCUGAGUGACUCUCAUACCAAGUCUAGCGUAAAGAGAAUAGAGAAAGAUAUUUUAUCGGAAUCAUUUGUGCUCUGAGAACUUGAAACUCCGCGAAAGACAGUCUUUGYUAGGGUUUCUGUAAGGACUCGUCACCUAACCACGAAUUGAACUCUUCUUCAAUCUAUUGAGAUUGGAAAAUAUUGGCGAGAAAACACAAACCAAACGAAGAAGACGCUGAAUAAACACCGAAAGUGACUGUAUUUACGUGUGAAUCUUCGGGAUCUUUAUUCACGUUACCGAAGGAUGUGACUCGCUUCAUUUUCUCCUAGAAAAACGAAUUUAUUUUUUGCCGUGAUAUAUAUUAAAAUGUCGGCGGUGUUUCAUCACGCCGUAGUUGAAGGAGAUGUGACUAAAGUACGUUUCCUUCUCAAGUACAGCCCGGGAUUACGAAUAAACAGUACGAAUAAUUAUGGCCUUACAGCUCUGCAACAUGCAGCACAAAAUGGAAAUGUUGACAUGGUGAACUUUCUACUCGAACGAGGAGCUGAUUUGAGUUGUGUUGAUCAGUUUGGCCGUACAGCGCUUCAUUUGGCUUCACAAGAAGGUCACCUUGGUGUUGUUAGUUUAUUAGUCACUUCAGCUUGUGCGAAUGUGAACGCGAAAACAGAACGAGGUGAGAAAGCAAUCGACUUGGCCAAGUCAGACCAAGUUCGCGCGCUUCUUUCUCAGGCUAUGUUGACGGAGAGUUUCAAGAGGAAGUGCUCUCUUGAAUCGGAUGAUUUGGAAUCGAGUUAUAGUCCUGAUGGAUUCAGGAAUACCCCAGGAUGUCGGCACUCUUUAUCGAGUGCUUCAACAGACUCUGGAGUCUACGAUGAGUCAUGCUCUUCUCAGGACAGUAAUAGCGAUCCUAAAUACAGCUAUCGCUAUAGUCGCGGUGGCAGUUUGCGGGGAUAUCAAUCAUCGGCUUAUUCUACGAUCAGUGAAGAUAGCGGUGUUAGUGGUUUGUCGUCCAAUUUACGCAGUCGACAUAUAUCAAGGUUAGAAGGAGGGACGAACCGCGCAAGAAGGGUAGAUGGAUCUCCCGUCACAUCCAUUCUAAAGAGUCAGUCGUUCUCUGGUAAUCGCAAUGGGGAUCUGAAUACGGAGGACCGAAGUCCAAGACAYGUACAGGAUAGGAUUGACAGUACAAGAGAAGAUAUGUACCGCUACAGAAGGCAAGAGAAACCAUCGUAUCUUAGAGAUGCUAGCCGAAGAAGAACCGUCACCUUUGGAGAGACGGAAAAAGUAUCGGUAGAACRAGAUCGCCCAAGUACGUCCGUCACGUACCAGGGUUCUUAUACUGCUCGAAACUUGCCACAAGUACCACCACGUAUGUCGACUCACAGAUCUUCGUGUACGAGCGAACAACCGCCUCCGGUUCCACCUCGAAUACCCUUGAGAAAUUCAGCUCGUUCAUCAARCUUGAAGGCCCGGAGUACCUACGAUAGCGAGGUGGUCUUUAGACCCCGGCCUUGCCCUCGAGUUCCGAGAGGUGAGAUGGGGAUAGUACAUGGGAACACUAAAAACCGCAUGAGUAUGUUCGCUGAUAUUUCGACAAAAGGAAUGCACUAAAAUUGUACAAAUCACAUUGUAUAGGGAAAUCAGCUGUUUGUACAUUAAUUAUUAAUGUACAAUUUUACCACAAAAGUAUUUAUAGAGAUUUAGUCAAGACUUUUUCGAGUAACAAACAUUACAACUUGUCAAAAUACUAUAUAUUUGUAUAUACAAAACAUACUGAUUUAUAUAUUGGUCUUUCAAUGCAAAAUCUUAUAUUUAUAUUCAUAUAAUCGAAGCGAUUUAUUGGUUGGUAGGCCACAAGUUUUGUAUUGAAAGGCAGUCCUCAGCGGAAAUAGCACUUUCCCAAUGCUAAAAUAUGGUUGUGAUUUUUACAGAAUUUUUGCCCUUAAUUUGUAAUCUAAACUCAAAAACUUAUAUAUAUUUUACCCGAAAUAGGAAUGAUGUAAUAUGAAAAUCAAUAAAUAUUUAGAAUAAUGUAUUCAAA